AUGGGUGAUUCAGGAAGCAUCACCGUACCUUGUCAAUUUGGGAACAUAACGACCACACGAGCAUUGACUGAUUCAGGGGAAAGUAUUAAUACUAUGUCAUAUUCCUUCUUCCGAAAGUUAAACCUUCCGGUCCCAAAGCCUAUUCAUAUGAAAAUCCAUUUGGCCGACAAAACGAUAAUACAUCCAAUGAGAGUGUGUGAAGAUCUUCUUAUCAAAGUUGAUAAACUAGUAUUUCUUAUUGACUUCAUAAUAUUAGACAUGGAGGAGAACCUUAAAGUACCAAUCAUUCUUGGGCGACCGUUCUUGAAUACCGCUUGUGCCUUGAUAGAUAUGCAUGAAUCUACGCUAACAUUAAGGGUGGGAGAUGAUUCGGUGAUUUUUAAAGCUGCAGAAAAGGAUAAGCACAUAGAGUCAAUCGAAGAUAAAGUUUCCUCAAUAGAUUUGGAGGAUGAAUUGUUAGAAAAAGAGCUUACGUGCUUGCAUGAAAUCAAUCCAAAUGUGCACGUUUUGCCUGAUUACGUGGAGAAUCUUCUUGAGGAAAGCAAAGUUGUUAAAGAUUUCGUCAACUUUGAGAAUGCACAUUUGGCUUGUCUUGAAACAAUUGUGCUAAAUGAUGAGGCAGCCCAAGAAGAAGAUAAAGAAAGUUUAGAAGAUAAAGGGGAUACUAAAACUUGGAAUAAUGAUAACCAUAAAUCUUUCAUUGAAUCACAUAUAGCGAUGUCAACCAAAAGCAAAAGAACCAAACCUCGUGCCCUUGUCUUUACUACGUUUGAAGUUUUCACUUUCAAAACACCAGAUUCUUUAAUAUGUGAUAAAAGUGAGGAAGAAAUUGUGCCUUCAAGUGAUGAUGAGAUGAUGACCGAAAAGGCAAUUGAGGAAGAUAAAAAAAGGAAGGGAAACGAUGGGGCGUGA